AUGGCUCCGCAGCGAUAUGAAAGAAUAGCAGCAGCAGACGACGACGAAGACACCCGCUCGCGCAUCGCCGUCCCGAACUCUCCACCCCCUUCCUUUCGCUCUCAGAACAGCUCGCGGCGACCUUCCCACGACACCCCGCCGCCACAGAACGAGCAGCAGCGCAACCUCAACGAUGCCUUCGAUGCGCCCUCAGAUGACGACAGCGAUGACGAGCAGCCACGAGACCAACGGCGGCUGAUACAGAGUGAUCGCACACCUUCGAGAUCGCCAAGCGACGGCAGCAGUCCGCAAGGAGGAGCACGGCCGACCGCGCCACAGCGGACAGUCACAGAGAUACCCGUCUUCGUACCGCCACCCGGAGGCAGUGGGAGAGUUGUAGGUGGCGGUAGUCAAGCCAACGACGGUGUCUUCGCGAACAUUACAGCGAAGCCACGGCCAGGCGAGGAGCUUGAGGAGAAACCACCAACCUACGAACAAGCAGCAGCAGAUGCCACGCCACCAUAUUGGGAAACGACAGUUCUCUCCACCUACGGCGCCAGCGGCAACCCAGACGAUGUCUUUGUCGAUGGUCUGCUAGUCGGCUCGCUUUUCUCGUUUGUCUGGAACGCCCUCAUCUCCAUGUCUUUCCAGCUCAUCGGCUUCCUCCUCACAUAUCUUCUCCACACCACGCACGCUGCCAAACACGGCUCAAGAGCCGGCCUCGGCAUCACGCUCGUGCAAUUCGGCUUCUCUAUGCGCUACGCCUCCAACAAAGGACCCAUGGACGGCGCUCCAGGACCAGACGCACCCACAGACGGCGUACCAGAUGAUCCGAACGCACACGAUUUCGAUCCGAAUGCAGUAGUCAGCGGUGCUGGUCCGGACGGCAUGACUGAUGGUUUGUCGACAGCAGACUGGCUUUCCUAUGUUUUGAUGAUUAUUGGCUGGUUCAUUCUCAUUCGGGCGGUAUCGGACUUCUUGCGCGCGCGGAAACAGGAGCAGAUUAUACGGUCCAGCCCCGAUAGAGGGUUGGGCGUAGCCGUUGUGGCGGAUAAUGAGACGCCGGAGACUAGCGUUUAG